AUGAGUAUUGUAGCAUAUAGUACGUGUCGUAUUCAAUUUAUAUCGAAUGAUUCACAACGUUCUCAACAGAAUUAUUCUGACAGAUCUCUAAUAGAAUUGAGAGCCUAUGAUUAUGCUGAUUAUUCAUUACGAGCACUGGAUAUGGAAGCUAAUAAAAAAGAAAUUUUCAAUAUUCCUCUUAGGCAAGUAGAUCAAUAUAAACGUGGAAGAUCAGCUAAUCAACCCGAUGAAAUUCCUACUAGAAAUGGAAUGUAUUAUAUAUCAUUAAAUCCUACAUCACGAGAUGAAUUGCAUAAAGCAUUUGAUGGAAUUUUUCAACAAAUAGCUGAUAAGGAACAAUCAGAUGUUAGUAAUCAAGUUACUAAUCACAGCAGGGAUAAUUCUAAUGAUGUACAUGAUGUUUCUGUAAAAAAUCUUCUACUUGAUAUUCAUCAUCUGGGUACAUGUAUUCAACAAGGUGAUUCAGAUACAGCUGCUCAAUUAGCUUCACAAUUAGCUUCGAAACCCGUUCGUUUUCGAACCAAAUCAUCUAAAAAUAUACGAGAAGAAAAGCCAUUUAUAGUUCAAAUUCAACUUGAUGGGAAUGAAUAUGACAUUGAUCACCAUGGUGCAACAAUUCCAAUGAGUGUUUUCCAAUCAACCACCGUUCGUGAAUUACGAGCAGCUGUAUACGGUAAUUUAUCAGUCAAUCAAUAUGUUUUUGUUAAUGGUCAUUUAGCACAUGAUAAUUCAUCAAUGAGCGAUUUAAAUGUUGGACCAAAUUCUUUAUUUAUAUUGUUUUAUUUAACACAUGCUAAAUCAUUUACAGAUAAUGGUCCAUGGCAGUGCAGAAAUUGUACUUCAAAUAAUAAAGAGAAUAUUUUUCGUUGUAGUUUAUGCUCCGCAGCACGUGCAACAGACUAA